UAGAAGCAAAGUUGGAGGGGGAGGGUCUCCAUGCACAUCCCCUGAAGAGAAAGAGGCCCGCAGAGGAGGAUGAAGAGAGCUGCUCCCUGCUUUGAAUUGCUUCAUGGCAACAGCUGAGUCCUGGAAGUGGCCUAGUUUCUGCCUCCUUGUCCUCCAUCUCUCCCACAGGCAGCGCAAUGGCCUCAGAGGCCCUGUUUGGACCAUCCCUUCUUAAAGAUGGAGUGGAAAGAGGAGCCAGGCAGCUUCCUCAGGCCCUCUUGACCUUUGAGGAGGUGGCUGUGUUUUUCACGGAGGAGGAGUGGGCUCUGCUGGAUCCUGGCCAACGAGCUCUGCACAAGGAAGUCAUGGAGGAGAAUUAUGAGAUGGUGGCCUCUUUAGUGUGUAGGAAUAUAAAAAGAGCCCAUCAGGAUGAGGGCCCCUCUUUUUCUGCAUCCUGUUCUCAGAGAGACUCUCAAGGAGAAACCCACCAGCAGGGCCGGAGGGCAACAGCGGUCUCUCGACUCACGAAUUUUCUCUUAAACAAUAACAUGCUGCAAAUUUUAUAUCCAUAUUCCAUAAUUGUGAUAGUUGUUCUCCAAAUCCCCACUUCAUAUCCUUUUAAAAUAUUUCAUUCAAAUGAUGAUAUUGUAACCAUGUUGUCAACAUUCCUGGUAAAUCCUUCAACCCUUUUAAUUUAAAUUCUCCACCCUCCACUCU